UGCCACUUUUUAAUCGGACGAAAGCGCCGGUUUGUUGUUAGCAGAAUUAUAAAAUGUCUCUGGAAAUUCUAAAACAAGGAGCCGAGGGGCGUCUAUAUCUGGGCGAUUUUAAAGGAGAGGCCUGUCUGAUCAAGGAGCGCUUUGUGAAGAAGUACCGUCACCCGGAACUGGACACCCAGAUCACGCGGCAGCGCAUGAAAGCCGAGGCAAAGGCUGCGGGACGAUGCCUGGCCGCCGGGAUUUUGGCUCCAAGGAUCAUCCACUCGGACCUAAACAGCCACAAACUGUAUAUGGAAUACUUUGACAAAGCCAAGACCGCCAAGCAGUUUAUACUGGAUACAGUGUCCAGUCAGAGCGAGGACCUGGCAAAGCAAUCCCUCCAGAAGUUUUGUACGAGAAUCGGAUCAAUCAUUGGAAAAAUGCACUCAAACCACAUUAUUCACGGGGAUCUGACGACUUCGAACAUCCUUAUCAAUCCGAAGGGCAGCGAAUACGAUAUUAUAUUAAUUGAUUUCGGAUUAAGCCACUACAAUCAGGCGACUGAGGACAAGGGCGUGGAUUUGUAUGUCCUCGAACGGGCCUUACUGAGCACCCAUAGCGAGCAACCGUAUCUAUUCGAGCAGAUCCUGACCGCCUACCGCACGGAAUGCGGAAAGGACGAGCAGGCUGUUCUAUCCAAGUUCGAGGAAGUGAGAGCCCGUGGACGCAAGAGGACGAUGAUUGGUUAACAAAUAAUAAACUUUAAUGGCUGUUACACUACUAAA